AUGAUGAAAGACUUCAGGCCCAUAGCAUGCUGCAAUCUGUUGUACAAGGUAAUCUCGAAGGUGUUAGCUAACAUGCUCAAGCUCAUAUUUCCAGGAGGUAUAGAGGCGAAUCAGAGUGCAUUCAUAAAACAAAGGCUGCUGUUGGAAAAUGUUCUCUUGGCAUCUGAGCUGAUAAAUGGCUAUCACAAGGCCUCCUGCUCAGCAAGAUGUGCAAUCAAAGGCUUCUUCACGAGCGCCAGAGGAAUAAGGCAGGGAUGCUCGGUUUUAAUAAAUGGAAGUCUUGAAGGCUUCUUCACGAGCGCCAGAGGAAUAAGGGAGCUUGUACCCGAAGAGGGGAAGUUUGCUUAUCAUCCUCAGUGCCAAGGAGUCAAGCUCACUCAUUUGAGUUUCGCAGACGACAUCCUGGUUUUUAUUGAUGGCACCUCAGAAUCUUUAAACGGGAUUAUGGAGGUUCUGAAAGAAUUUGCAGAGAUAUCUGGACUUCAUAUAAAUGAAGCUAAGUCCCAAAUAUAUGUAGCAGGAAGUAACCAUACAUUAAUGAUUACUGAAGCGGAGGCAUUGGGAAUUGGAGUUGGAAACCUACCUAUUCGAUACUUAGGUAUGCCAUUAAGCACAAAAUCUUUAACAGCUCAUGACUAUGAGCCUUUGAUAGAUAAGAUCAGAAGGAAGAUGCUAUGCUGGUCGAACAAGAGCCUGUCCUUCGCUGAGCGAUUCUAA